AAUUAGUGUUGUCCGUUCAUUUCGCUCCUUUGUAUAUUCCGUUGUUUCAUUUAGCAAUGUACUUGUGUAUAUGUAAGAAUAUUCCGUGGCUUAAACAGUUCGACAGGAAAUAUUAUUUAAUGGAAAUAGCGGUGUGAGGUCGGUCUGCACUUUUCUCCCGGGAGUUCUAAUUGCAUAUUGAAUUGCGAGGAAAUUCUGGAGAUUCAUAGAAGACCAGUCGCUGAACUAAGUGUUAUGUAUUUGGACUAAAUAAAGCCUUUUCUGACAUCCCGGGAGCAAUAUGACAGACAUAAACAUGCUGGAGGAAAAAUGGCGGAUUGUUUUCGGCUUAAUUGACAUCAACAAAGAUGGCGUUGUGUCGAUAAAAGACGCCGACUCCUGCAAGUCCACGUUUACCGACAUGUGUUCCGACCCUGCCCGGAAGGCACAGAUGGUAGCCGAUCUUGACAAAUACUGGAACAACAUAGUGUUCAUCGGGGAGUCCCCGGACUGGAGCCGGGAAGUCAGCCAGGAACAGUUCAUCAACCAUUUCCGAGAGGUGUUCACGAGUGACAAGGCAGGGACGUCACUGACCGUCACGGACGCCCUCCGACACCUGCUGGCGGCCGCCGACAUUGACGGAAGUGGGAUAUUUACCUUUGACAAGUUCUUUAAGUUUCACCAAGCAUUCAAUCUAGCACAUGACAUUGUGGUGCGCACAACGUUUAAUCUGAUUGGUCCAGCACCUGAUGACACGUGCACGUUGAAACAAGUGCACGAUUUCUAUGUGGAACUUUUUGUUGGAGAAGAUCAGAACAAAUUUGCCACUUUGAAAAAUGCAUAUAAAGCUAUAGGAAUGUUAUAAAACGUGCAGGUAUCAUUUCUUGAAAAUAACAAUCAUUAUUUAUAGUAAACGUCGGUCAGAUGAAAGUUUUACCAUUUCAAUAUAUUUCUUUGAUUUGACAUAUUGAUCUUUUUUUGACCGGGCAUGGCCCAUAUCUGAACUUGAUGUAGAUUUUUGUUAAUAGGCAAGACUGUUGAACAAGUUUUUCAUGCCUCCUAUUGAUUGAUUAAGUUCAUAUAAGUUGUUUCUAUGAUUUGACCUUUGGUACUAAGCGUGUACGAGUCAUUGCUCAUCAUCUUAAAUUGACAGUCACAUGUUUUUCUGUAACUUGACCUAGCGGCAUAGUGUUUAAUCAGACAUACCUUAUAUAUUCGGUUUCCGAACAUUUGGGCACCUUAGGUCAGUUCGGGCCAAACGUGUUCGGCACUCAGGUCAUCGGCACCAUAUAGCUAAGUCAAAUCGGUACCCUAACAUAUUUGUAUUACAUUUAGUUGAAUUAGUUCAAUACGAUAUAUAUCGAAUGAAUACCACUAGUGAUGUUUUUUAUGAACCCCAAGUAUUGUGUGCACAACACGGUUUUAUUGGUUUGACCUAACAACAUAGUUUCUUACCUGUCAUGACCCAUAUUCGAACUAGAUUUUUAAGGAUCUUAUCAACAUUCAUUAAGAUCACGCGAAAUAUAGACACGAAUAGACUCGUGCUAAUGGACCGAGACCGGCUAUGCGCGCAAGUAUUUGAAACGGACUAUAACAGAUGUACUACAAACUGGUCUUAUUGGAUAAAUUCAAUGCUAAGCUACCUGUUGAAAUCCCGACUGUGCAUAUGCUUGUGCGAAAUCAUUACAUUAAUAACAUUUGGUCAACAGAUGUAGGAUCCAUGCCAAAGCUACGAACAUACCGUGAAUUUAAACAAGAAUUUAAAUGUGAAAAGUAUUUGAGCUUGGCUCUUAAGAAGAACGAACGUUCAUUACUUGCUCAAUUUAGGACUGGUAUAUUGCCACUACGAAUAGAAACAGGUCGUUAUUUAGGUGAACCAGUCAACUCCAGACUCUGUAAACUUUGUGAUUCCCAAGAAGUGGAAAACGAGUGUCAUUUUGUCCUAAAAUGUCAAUUGUACAAAUUACAUAAUGCUGCAACAACUACAUGUUUAGGACCACUUAUGUCCAACGAUGAAUUUGUAAACCUCUCUGAUACAGGCAAAAGCACAUAUCUCAUGCAAAAACAUGUCAGACAGUUAGCAAAAUAUAUUGUGAAGGCAUACACCAUAAGGAGAAAUACGUUAUAUUCUUAACGCAUGAAUGACAUUGUGUUUCUAUUCAAUAUACAUGUUUAUGUUUAUUAAUUUUGCCUCCAUAUUUUUGCACAUGUACACGUUUGCUUUCGUUUUUUCAUUUAAUCUUUAUCGAAUGAAAUUAUUACCUCUUUGAACAAUCUCCAUAUUUAUAACUCAUAGAUGCUAUAUAUGUAUAAACUUGAUUACCUAUACCAGAUUAACUGCACUGUAACAUACAAUUUUAAAAAUGUAUGACUAUAAAUAUAUGCUUUACAUAACGUUAAUAUUUAGGUGACUUAUAGGUCCGAUGGGCCGGUUGUAAAAUGUACUAUAUGUUUGUAUUGAAAAUGUAAUUAUGUUAUAUACACAUGUCACUAUAAUAAACAAUUUACUUACUUAUAUAGCUGAGGCAGACGUGUUUAUACAUGUAUAAAAAUAUUGCAUUCAUGGAUACUAUAAAUGGAAACACGCAGUACCAGGAUAAAGUACUGCGUGGAAAUGAUCUUGCUGGAGUUAUAAAUUGGUGAUUUGUUUAUAAAAUAGCAUAGACCAAUUGUCUGAUUUGGUCCAUAAUCCCACAUAAUCGAGAUGCUAUUUGUGUAUACAUCAUGUUUAAAUGUCAUGUGAGAAAACAUACAAGUAGGAGUCAAGCGGCUAGAGUUUAAAUGUAAUGGGGCGACAUUUUUUGAAAUAUCAUUUUUUAUGAAUCGAUGACAUAUAACUAAAGUGGUCCAAUUUAGCCCAUGAUAAUAUUAACAUUUUAUGAAGUUAAAGAGACAUCUGAAAUCGUGUUGUAUAUUGUAUACAACUAUGCGUUGCAGGUAAUAUAAUACAAAUGUAUGAACAAUGUUAACUAGACACAUGUGGU